GCCCCCAAUCAACACACCACGAGCCCUUCUCCACCCUUUUGUCUAUCGCGGCUUGUCAUGUGCCUUCACGGGAGUAAGGAUGACUUUGCUGCCUCCCCGCCUUGGAACCUUUGCAAGCUAUCGCCAAGAAAGUGCCCCCCGAUGUGGAAUUGCAUGCUGUGGAGUCCUCUUGAAAUCCUCAUGGUGUCCACGACGAUGGCUCUUGGCUUCGCAGCAGCGGUGGCCUUACCAACGCGACUUGACAUACCCGUUCCUGGAAGCAUGGCUGCGUUGACACAAGGUGUGCUGACCCUACUCCACGUCCUGGUAGAAGGCCCGAGGCUGCAAGUUCUUCCUGUCUACCUAGCGACGGUGCUUCUUGCCGUUGGCGCUGCGGCCGGAGGCUUCGGCGACUCGGCGGGUCUGCUGGCCGCGAUGGGUGUCGCCACCCUGGGACUAGCGUCAUGUUCGCUUCUCCUGUGCUACCAUUUGCCUCGGGUACUACCUGUUGGCGGGCGCGGUCCUUACGCUGUGGGGAUUGCGACUGAGCACAUCCGCACACCUGUAGCCGCCGCCGGGGACGACGCCAAGUCUUCUCCGAGCGAAGAGGAGCUAUGGCCUCUGGAGCUCAUGGCUCAGGUGUUCUAUCCGGUGGAGAGAUCGUGCGUGGCAAAGCUACCCUGGUUCCCGUCCAGCAUCAAGCGAUUCCGUCGGUCGCUCUGUCCUGCCACAGGAGAGGCCAACCGAUGGCCUUUCGGCCUCACUCAGAUGGGCGUGGUUGGGGCGAGCAUAGUUCUAGGGUUAGAGGAUUCCCUUCGGUCGGACGGUACCCCUUCCCUGGGAGACCUGCUGCGGUCGGUGCCGUCGUGGUCGUCCCUCGCUGGUAGCGCACACGCGUGGACGGUUUCGGCGGCGGUGGCCUUGUGUUUGGUCUGCCUGGUGUCCGACUUGCGCAGGGGGCUGUCUCGCUCGGCGUACCAGACCAGGUAUCUCGCCAGAGAGCAGGCCAGGUACAUCGCCAAGUUUUCCAAGAUGCCGGGCUUUUUCACGGAACACCUCUGCGGCUUCUACGGCGCUGGCUUCGAAUCCGGACACUUUCACGCCCCAGGCGUGCCGUGCUUUCCGGCAGCCCCGGUCGUUCGGGGUGAGGCCAAGCGGCCGAUGGUGAUAUUUUCGCACGGGCUCGGCGGGAACCGCUCCAUGUACGCCGAGCACGGCGCAGCGUAUGCCGCCCAAGGAUACGUGGCUGUCCUCCUCGAGCACAACGACGGCUCGGGCUCCAGCUGCAUGUUCCCCGACGGGCGCAUCACACCAUACGCCAAAGCCCCGAAUUUGAAGGACGUGGGCGCCCCGGACAACCACGCCUUCCGGCUGGCGCAAUUGAGGCGCAGAGGAAGGGAAAUUCAGCUCACGAGGGCUCACCUGGCGAAGCUCGCCCGCGGCUCUGCAACAGACUUGGAGGCCUGUCGACUUGUCGGGUUAGGGGAUGUCAUCGACACCAAGCGUCCGGCCUUCGUAGGGCACUCGUUUGGAGGGGGCACGGUUUUACAGGUGCUGAGCGACGAGCGUGAGCGUGUCUCGAGAGGUGGCGCGGAGAUGGACCCCGAGGAGACCGGGUACUCGAUGGCCUUCAUCAUGGACGCUUGGACGUUCCCCUGCAGCGAAGAAGCGCGCGCCCAGAGCGUCGACAUUCCGUUGGUUGUCAUCACCAAUGACGGCUUUCUUGGGGCCGAGGGUAAGAAGAACGAGGAACGCCUCGUCGACAACGCCGUCCGCAUGGUUCGCGAUGGCGCUAACGACCUCACCAUACAGCUCCGAGUCAAAGACGCCGGCCACACCAACUUCUCGGACUCUCCCCUGUUCGCCCCCGGACCGUUACGGAAGCUACAGGGCGCCGGGGACAUAGAUUGUGUCAUGUUCAUUGACCAGGUGAACCGCCUGGCGCUAUGCGCCCUCGAGAUCUUCCUCCGGAGGCGGACCAGCUCGGGGGACGCGGUGAAGACGCCGGCGCCGAGUGACCUGGUCUCCGUGGUGCUCGGCGAAGACUUGGCCGUCGCUUUCCCCGAGGCCCGGGUGAAGAGAGUGUGCGCGGGGGGCGUGAUGCCCUCCCCGCGCACGAAAACAAGCAGCACGGUGCCCUAGAAGAGAGUUUGUAGAGAGCACAACGCCGGGCUAAAUGGUAGAAAGAGCGCCUUUGCACGGAGAAUGGUGGGUGAAAUUCUUCACGUUUGCGGCAGAAAAAAAAGCAUGCAAAUAGUCGUGUUUCCUCUCUCUCAAACAAGUGUUAAUGUAACUGUGUGUGUGUAGCUAGCCUUUGGUGUGAGAUUUUUUGUCCCUGGCCUAACUAUGAAUGUGGUGAUAUAUCCAACGCACCAGCGUGCACAUUCUGCGUUCUGUAAACAUCCCCGAGGCAUGCAACUGCUGGGUCCACCAUUAUUGCUGACGCGUGUCUCGUCCUUUUGCCCUGUUGUUGAGGAUAGCCUUGCCUCACCCAGAGAACUAGCGAGCAGUAGUUCGCCAGAGGCACGAGCGGUGUAGGUGAUUUUGCCAACCCGUUGAGAGGUCUGCGCUGUGCUAUGUGAGCCCAACCGUGAGGGUUGUUGUCUGCACUGAGCUCAUUAGCACCGUGCGACAAAGGGGUAAACGCUGGACGGACAUGCAGACGAGCAUCGACGGAGUUGACUUGGCUUUGAUGGCCAAGGUUGUGGAACUAGUGAUGUGACGCCUGAGUAGAUCCAUAUGUCAGGUCACGGUGUUAUAUGUAUUACGAGGUCAUCAAAACCGAAGGCCUUUAGUCCAAACACCGCCAAGCAAAAAAAAGUGUCGAAAAAGGCGUGGGAAAUGAGGGCUGCUGAGAAACGAAAAACGGUUGCCGUGAUUUGUUCAAUUCGAAGACGAGUGUGCGGGAGCGUGUCCUACCACACAUGAGUGAGCAGUAAGGCGUCAACGUUUAAUGCGACUUGAAACAACGUCAUCCUGCCGCUAUGGGGGGGCUGCUAG